AUGUGCCAGUACUACCACUGGAGAUGCGGCGUGUGCCUCACGGACAACGAGAUUGCGCGACGCUGCGGUCGAAUGCGAGAGCGCUGCGCCAAAAACGGAGACCUCUUACCUCUUCCUCCAGACGCCGAAGGCAUCUCGUGCCAAUGGUGCCGCCGACCCCGUUUUGUUGACCAGAAGCAAGCACCACCAAGAUUCAGACACGCCGUCAAACCCAUCCAAAGCACCUCGAAGUGUCCAGUGAAGACAGAAGCACAGUGGCGUGUGCCUGCGGAGAACGAUGCCUUUUGGCUACGCCCAAGUACCCGGCUCCCCGAUGCUGCAGAGAAGAUGGCACAGUACAACCAUCAACGCCACUUGGUGUUCAAGGCGUCCGAUCAAGCAAUUGGCUUGAAGCAGGACUCGCGAGAAGGUACGAACACGGGCAGCAAUGGCCAGUCAUUCCUGUACGAUGAGGCAUGGAGGAAGCUGAAGGAGCGUUUGCAAAUCGGCUAG